AUGUACAUCCGCCGCUUCUCCGUCGCCCUCGUCUCCACCCUCGUCGGCUACGGCGCCUGGUACAGCUACAAGGGCGGCAACGAAACCUCGCCCGCCUCCGCCGCCUCCCUGACGAGGAGCUUCUCCAGCAGCUCCACCGCCGCCGCCGACGCCGCACUACCCACUAGGACUGUUCUCGUCAUCGGUGCCGACGAACUCAGGACCGGCACCAUUGUCGGCGACGGACCCCUCACCAAGUACAGCAACGAGUAUGGGAGGCAGGUCAUCGAGAUGUUGAGCUCAGACCAGGUCGACGACAAGCUGCGCGAGACCGAGCAGUCGUACUUUGUCAACAGGGGCCAGGGCGUCGUCCGCUACGACCUCGUCCAGCUGCCCAGCAACAACCCCAUCGAGGACGACCACGCCGAGAAGAUUGUCGAGGUCCCCAGCCGUUCUAGCGGCAAGGAUGUCGGCCCUACGGAUUGGAUGUUUUGGGGCGUCUUUGACGGCCACUCUGGUUGGGUCACCUCGGCCAAGCUUCGCAACGAGCUGAUCCAGUUCGUCGCCCGCGAGCUCAACGACACCUACAUCGCCGCCAACGGCAAGAUCCCCGACGACGCCGCCAUCGACGCCGCCAUCAAGACGGGCUUCACCCGCCUCGACGACGAAAUCGUCCACAAGAGCGUCGAAAAGGUCUUCAAGCAAAACUCCAAGACCCUCGCCGCCGAGGCCCUCGCCCCCGCCCUCGCCGGCUCCUGCGCCCUGCUGUCCUUUUACGACGCCCGCUCCCAGCAGCUCCGCGUCGCCGUCACCGGCGACUCCCGCGCCGUGCUCGGCCGCCGCUCCGACUCGGGCAAGUGGACCGCCACCGCCCUCUCCGUCGACCAGACCGGCAGCAACCCCGAGGAAGAGGCCCGCAUGCGCGCCCUCCACCCCGACGAGCCCCACGUCAUCCAGCACGGUCGCGUGCUCGGCGGCCUCGAGCCCACCCGCGCCUUUGGCGACGCCUCCUACAAGUGGACCCGCGAAGUCACCGACCGCCUCAAGAAGCACUUCUUCGCCCGUUCCUCCAACCGCCUCCUCACCCCGCCCUACGUCACCGCCGAGCCCGUUGUCACCACCACCCAGAUCCGCCCCGACAAGGGCGACUUCCUCGUCCUCGCCACCGACGGCCUCUGGGAGAUGCUUACCAACGACGAGGUCGUCGGCCUCGUCGGCCGCUGGAUCGAGACCCAGCAGGCCCAGACCGCCUCCACCUCCCAGUUCGACUCCCUCUGGGCCCGCAUCUUUGGCUCCUCCUCCUCCUCCCCCAAGGACCUCCCCGUCGAGCGCGGUCCCGCCCCCACCGCCGACGACGGCUCCAAGACCCCCAUCCGCCUUCGUCAGUGGGGCAUCUCCCCCGACGACAAGGGCCGCUUCAUCACCAAGGACAACAACGUCGCUACCCACAUUGUCCGCAACGCUCUCGGCGGCAAGAACGAGGAGCAGCUCUCGGCUCUCUUGACCCUCCCCUCUCCCUUUUCCAGGCGUUAUCGUGACGACUUGACCGUGCAAGUCAUCUUCUUCGGCGACGGCGAAAAGACGGGCGAGGUCACCCUCAACCUCGACGCCACCGCCAAGUCCAACGAACCCCUCAAGGCCAAGCUCUAA